CCCUUGUCCAAAAGCCACACGCACUUUUUUUUUCUUCGUUGCUUCCACGUCAGCAUCUUCAUCACCAGAAAACCCAAUUAUAUCGCCCCAAUUGCUCCUACACAGCAUCAAACCCGGCCGCCCAAUUCCCCAGAAUCCCUCGGCAACUCCACACUUUCUCUUUUUGCUCGGCUUUAGUUUUCCCCACCAAGGCCUACCCGUUGCACUGCCGCCGGCUUAAGCUCACUCGCUCCAACCGGCGUUUUCUCUUCUUUUUCCUCUCUUCCGCAUUCACGGCUUCCUUCUUUUUCCUUUUCUCCAGGAACAUCAAUCCGCGUCCUCUCCGCGCAUACACACACACGCCAUCAUGUCUUCCAGGUUCACCAGAGCAAUCCGCCCUGCCAUGGCGGCUGCCCGCGUUGCUGCUCCCCGAGCUGCCGCUGCCGCUCCCAUGGCUGCCCGCGGAGGCGUCUCCGUCGCCCGCGCCGCUGCCCGCCCUCUCUCCACCACCGCAGCCCGCAUGUCCGCCACACCCGUAGACAUCUCCGAGAUCCCUCCCACGCCCAUCACUCACCUUUCCGAGACGGAGGCGGCCAUGGCCGAGGCCGUGUCCAAGUUUGCCAGCGAAGUGGUGCUCCCCCGCGCGCGCGAGAUGGACGAGGCCGAGGCCAUGGACCCCGUCAUUGUCGAGCAGCUGUUUGAGCAGGGCCUCAUGAGCAUCGAGAUCCCCGAGGAGUACGGCGGCGCCGGCAUGUCCUUCACCUCUGCCAUCAUCGGCAUUGAGGAGCUGGCCCGCGCCGACCCCUCCGUCUCCGUCAUGGUCGACGUGCACAACACCCUCUGCAACACCGCCUUUAUCAAGUACGGCUCCGAGGCCCUCAAGAAGAAGUGGCUGCCCAAGCUCGCCACCAACACCGUCUGCUCCUUCUGCCUGUCCGAGCCCGUCUCCGGAUCCGACGCCUUCGCCAUGGCCACCAAGGCCACCGAGACCGCCGACGGCUUCAAGAUCUCCGGCAGCAAGAUGUGGAUCACAAACUCCAUGGAGGCCGAGGUCUUUAUCGUCUUUGCCAACCUCGACCCCUCCAAGGGCUACAAGGGCAUCACUGCCUUUGUUGUCGAGAAGGGCACCCCCGGCUUCUCCAUUGCCAAGAAGGAGAAAAAGCUCGGCAUCCGCGCCUCCUCGACCUGCGUCCUCAACUUUGACGACGUCGUCAUCCCCAAGGAGAACCUGCUCGGCGAGCGCGGCCACGGCUACAAGUACGCCAUCUCCCUUCUCAACGAGGGUCGUAUCGGUAUUGCCGCCCAGAUGACCGGUCUUGCCCUCGGCGCCUUCGAGAACGCCGUCAAGUACGUCUGGAACGACCGCAAGCAGUUCGGCUCCCUUGUUGGUGAGUUCCAGGGCAUGCAGCACCAGAUUGCCCAGAGCUACACUGAGAUUGCCGCCGCCCGUGCUCUCGUCUACAACGCCUCCCGCAAGAAGGAGGCUGGUGAGGACUUUGUCCGUGACGCCGCCAUGGCCAAGCUCUACGCUUCCCAGGUUGCCGGCCGCGUUUCCGGCCUCGCUGUUGAGUGGAUGGGUGGUAUGGGCUUUGUCCGUGAGGGUCUUGCCGAGAAGUUCUGGCGUGAUAGCAAGAUCGGUGCCAUCUACGAAGGCACUUCCAACAUCCAGCUCAACACCAUUGCCAAGCUGCUCCAGAAGGAGUACACCAACUAAUCCCAUAUCGCUAUGGUGGACGGCCUCCACGAGUCCCUAGAGGUGGAGAGAGUAGAUUUAUAUAAACAGCCAAAUUGAACAAAAAAAUUGUCAAACGAUACAAUAACUCUGUCUGGUGCAGCAUUGCUCAUUGUGUAUGUAAACGAUAAUGACACUUGUAUGUCACGAGACAGGUCUCUAUCCUUUAUAGUCAAUCACUCAGUGGCAGAAC